CUGUCGCAUCGCUAGAGGAACGGAUACUAGGUCAGGCUUUGUUUGUGGAUGAGCUCCAUCACCUCCUCCCAGAAAUGUGGACGGAUAUAAGGAAACUACUGCUCUUUCAUUUGUUAGCCCUGAAACUUCAUUCCUCAAAAGGAGCAGAGGCAGAAGAGUGUGAGGAUGGUCAGUUUCAGUGCAAUAACAAAAGGUGUAUACCGACCAUAUGGAGGUGCGACGAUGAUGACGACUGCUCAGACAACAGCGACGAGGAAAACUGUGCCAGGAAGACGUGUGCCCCGGCAGAGUUUGCCUGUGCGAACGGCCAGUGUGUACCAGGCCGCUGGCGCUGUGACGGGGAACCAGAGUGUCCCGACGGCUCAGAUGAGGCAGACGCCACCUGUAGCAAACAGACCUGCCCUCCGGAGAAGUUUGACUGCGGCGGCUCUACCAACAAGUGUGUCUCAGUGUCGUGGCGAUGCGACGGCGAGCGGGACUGUGAGAACGGGUCAGACGAGGAGGACUGUGCCGCCGACGCCAAGUCCUGCCCGAAAAGCGAAUUCCAGUGUGCCAACCGCAAGUGCCUGGCACCUGUCUACGUGUGCGACGGCGAUGACGACUGCGACGACGGCUCCGACGAACUAAAAUGCUCCUCCCGCCACUCGCCAACGACCACCUGCGGUCCGCACGAGUUCCGCUGCAACACCUCAGAGUGCGUGCCUGUCAUGUGGAGCUGUGACGGCGACCCAGACUGCCCAGAUGGCUCUGACGAGUGGCCGGAGCGUUGUGGGAGUGAAGGGUCGCAAUCGCGACGCAGGAUGAACUGUACGGUGGAGGAGUUUCGGUGCGCCAACGGGGAGUGUGUGAGGCUGGCGUGGAAAUGUGACGGGGAUCCGGACUGCAAGGAUAAAUCGGACGAGGCGGAUUGUCCUCUGCUGACGUGCCGCCCAGAUGAAUUCCAGUGUGGGGACGGCUCCUGUAUCCACGGCACCAAGCAGUGUAACAAGGUCCACGACUGUCCUGACCAGAGUGACGAGUCAGGCUGUGUCAACGCCACUAAGUGUGAGGGGCCCCUGAAGUUCCUGUGUAAGAACGGAGAGUGUAUCGACAGCGCUAAGGUGUGUGACAACGUCAAGGACUGCAAGGACCGCUCCGAUGAGCCCAAGAAGGAGUGUGGACUCAACGAGUGCGCGCUCAACAAUGGCGGCUGCUCUCACAUCUGCCUGGAUCGACCAAUCGGCUACGAGUGCCAUUGUCCCACCGGGUACCAGCUACUGGACAAGAGGACAUGUGGAGACAUUGAUGAGUGCGAGAGCCCCAACGCCUGCAGCCAGAUCUGCAUCAACUACAAGGGAGACUUCAAGUGUGAGUGCUACCAAGGCUAUGAGAUGGACCCCGUCACCAAGACCUGCAAGGCAGAGGGGAAGUCUCCCUACCUGAUGUUCACCAACCGCCAUGAGAUCCGUCGGGUGGACCCAGUGAAGAAGGAUUACAGCCAGGUGCUGGCAACCCAGAAAAACGCUGUGGCGCUUGACAUAGACGUGGCCAAUAACCGCCUGUUCUGGUGCGACCGCUUCCACCGCAACAUCUACAGUGCUCUGAUCCCGGAGGCCAGUGUCCCGUUCCAGCAGGUGACCCUGGUGGACUCUGGCUCUCUCCUCUCCCCCGAGGGCCUGGCCCUAGACUGGGUCCAGCACAACCUCUACUGGACCGACUCGGGCCACAAGACGGUCUCGGUGGCCUCGGCCUAUGACGGCCUCAAGAGGAGGGUGCUGGUGGACACGGAACUCAGCGAGCCCAGAGCCAUAGCCCUGGACCCCCAGCACGGGUUCAUGUACUGGUCUGACUGGGGCACCCGGGCCAAGAUUGAGAAGGCUGGGAUGAAUGGGGUGGACCGACAGGUCUUGGUGUCCGAUAACAUCGAGUGGCCCAACGGCAUCACCCUAGAUGUAGCCAACAGACGUCUGUACUGGGUGGACUCCAAGCUGCACCUCAUCUCCAGCGUGGACCUGAACGGGGCUCACCGCCGGACACACCUGUCCUCCUCAGAGAGACUGGGACACCCCUACGCACUGGCCGUGUUUGAGGACCGUAUCUACUGGACAGACAGGGAGAGGGAGGCGGUGUACAGCGCUAACAGGCUAACCGGCCGAGAUGUCAGCACACUGGCCGAGCACCUCAACGACCCCCACGACAUAGUGGUCUUCCACCCACUCCGACAGCCCCAAGGCCCAGACAGCUGUAACUUGGGCAGUGAGGCCAACGGUGGCUGUGAGUACCUGUGUCUCAAAGCCCCCCAGAUCACAGAGCACUCUCCCAAGUACACCUGCGCCUGCCCCACAGGACAGGACCUGGGGCCCGACAUGCGGGGCUGUGUGCCAGCAAAUGAGACUAUUACCACACCGUCGCCAUUCCCCACCGGCUCGGUAGCCAUCAUCACGGCAAGUAUCGAGGAGGACAAAGAGGACUCCCAUUCCACUUCUGGGUUGUCCCAGGCAGAUGCCGGGGUCCGCCACCUCACCCCCGCCCCCUCCAGCACCCCAGAACUCCUCCUCAUCGCCAAACCUGGGGCAGAGGUGAAGGAGAAAGAUGGCCGGCGUUUGGAUCACACCACCUCCACCACAGUAGGGUCUGGGGACACUAAUGUCAUCAAGGAGGACAGCAAUCUCUCUCACCACUCUGGAAGUGAGCAUUUUCUCCUGGGGGAGAACCUGACAGUGGCAGUUCUGGGAGUAGUCAUCCCUAUAGUUCCUAUUGUUGCCACAGUGGUCUUCGGUCUGCUCUGCACUGGCGUCUACCUGGUUUGGCGGAACUAUCGUGUAAACUCUACCAAGAGUAUGAACUUUGACAACCCCGUUUACCGCAAGACCACAGGCGAGGGCGAAGAGGACGAGAUUCACAUCGGACGGACGGACAGUGGCAUGAGCGGCCAGCACGGGCAUCACCCGUACCCAGUUGGAGUGGGGUGUGGCGUAGUCGGCGGGGGCGGAAAUACAUGCCCUCAGUUUAUCGCUCUACCACUGGGUGGCAGUAUGCCCGACCCGGGGACUCACUGGUACACGGAGCAGCCUAUGCUGUCCACUACGGCUAAGUGAGGUGGGCAAAGUGGGAGGAUGGAGACUAGACUAAAUGGCUGCUCAGGGGGUUAAUUUUCAAGAUGGCCGCUGCUCAGGCGCACACACAUACACACAUGCACACACACACAGUACCAAGGUCAGGGGUCACUCACUGAGUCUGUUCAAGGGAUGGACAUAUGAUGUUCUCGUCACAUCCAGCCAUUCGUGACCAUGCUGUGCCAAUUCAUCACACAAAAUUGACAGUUUGACACUUUCUAAGGUUUAUUUAUGUUAUGUCAGAGUUGGGGUUGGUUCGGUUUGAAUUCCUGUCAAUUCAGUUCUUGAAUUCUCUAUGAAUCAAUUGAAUUUAGAUCACUGGACUUGAGUUGCAGCUGAGUCGACACCAAUUCUGGAUGUUUUUCAUCCACUUUUGAUCAAUUUCAGCAGUAUUGAGCUGUGCUAUCUGUCUCACGUUUAAGGCCGAGAGGAGUUCCAAGAGAGUCAUUUUGCCCUUGACUUUAUAAAUCUAUGCUCUCCAUGUUAUAUCCCUGGUGGAUCCUCAUUGUCUGGCUUUUUAGGGGGAGGUUUAAAAUGAGGGCAGCACCUUAGUUGAUGGGACAAUCUGUAUAGUUUUAAGCUAUUAAUUCAACACGUUUUAUCGUUCACCUCACGAUUAUUAAAGAUGUCAUGGUGUUUUGUUAUUCUGGUCAGGGCUUUUGUCUUGGAGUGGAGUGAAAGGUUUGAGAGAGGUUGUUGUGUGUGUGUGUGUGUGUGUGUGUGUGUGUGUGUGUGUGUGUGUGUGUGUGUGUGUGUGUGUGUGUGUGUGUACUUAGGUGUGUGUGUGUGUACUUAGGUGUGUGUACCUACUCUCUACAGUUCUUCUUUGACGUUAUCCUUAUUGAACCUAAAAGGCUACAAGAGGACAAGCAGGGCAAAGGGUCGUUGAGAAAGUUUUGUGGCAGCAUUGGGAAAGUUUUGUGGCAGCUUUGGGAAAGUUUUGUGGCAGCUUUGGGAAAGUUUUGUGGCAGCUUUGGGAUCCAAAAGAAAGCGUAAGGCUUAGCGAGAGAAGCCUUUGUAGUAAUUAACGGUAGGCUGGAUUUUUAGGCCCAGUGAAGACGUCUAGCUAGUGGCUAACAGUAUCCGUGUUAAGGCUUUUGUGUGUGUCUACGACAUGUCUCUAGACAAUUAGAAUGCGGCAAGUAUUGCUGGUCAAAACUACAUUUCAUUUAUACUCAGGCUGACUGUCUGUAGAUCAUCACUACGGUGAAAACGGUUCUACUUUGACCCUGCCACAGUGUCCAUUGUCACGAGUAGAUAGAGCCACUGGCGCUACAUAACCAUGACAAUAAAUUCCAAACGCCUGAUUGACAGCUAGCUAGCUUGCAUUAGCAUACAGAAUAUACAUACAUUUAAUAUUAUGGACGACUGUAUUUUUUGUAGAGCAUAUGUUAAGUUUAGUUAUGGAGCACCCUUGUCUCUUUGCCGUUGGGAGUGAAGACUCCAAAGAUUCUCAACAACAAAAAAAUCCUGGUUAGCAAUUGGUAGCCAGCUUAAUUCAACCUGUAAUUAAACUGACUUUAGCUGAGCUGGCUAUCUAGUCAAUCUAAUUCCAGACUAGGUGUGAGUAUGAGAAAUCAAACAAACAAAUAUUAAUCUCUUCUCAGGAGAAAGGCGGCUUCCUCCUUGUUUUCUCAUUUAUACGAGGGAUAGAAUGUAAGUCACUAUCACGUGACAAUAUAAUGCUCAUGAUAUCAACUUUGUGUUUAUACAAACAAACCACGUUUGUAAAUAUAAUUUAGAUGAUAUCACUGCAACAACAUCUCAAUAGAUGGACUAAAAACCAGCCUUUAGCUAUGAUAAUGAGAACAGAGUUGGCUAGAGCAGAAUUAGCUAGCUAGAAGGCUAAUGUUUAACUAGGCUAAAGCAGAACCAGAUAUGGCUAAUGGCUACCAGGCUAAUGCUUAGCUAACAGUUUGAGAAAAGCAAUUAGAGGGUUGUUGUACUGAGGUGAAUAAUUUAGGCUAUUAUUCUCCUCUCCUCUUUUUAGCUGUUUUCCAUGGCCACAGGUGAAUUUGUCAUCUGUUAUUGUUGAUUUUAUUUCCCCUUUAUCUACUCACUUUGUCAGUACAACACACACACAGUCACUCACCCUCAAGAGAUCACACACAGGGGUAUUCUAUUAGUAUCCCCAUUAGCUGUUGAGAUAGCAGCAGCUACUAUUCCUGGGGUCCACACAGAACAUGAAGCAUGACAUAAUACAGAACAUUAAUAGACAAGAACAGCUCAAGGGCAGAACUCCAUAAAUUGGACGGAACUACAGAAACAUUAACUUGCACUAGAAGAUACUAUUUACACACAGCAUACAUAAUCACUCGCCCUUCACAAACACAAGCAUUACACUCACCCUAAAGACAGACAGACACACACACACACACACACACACACCAGACACACACACACACCAGACACGUGAACACAAACAUCCAUGCCCCUGUCUUCAUUCUUUGAAAAGAUGUCAAUGUGAGCUUUCAUAUAGGAGGCACUCAGUCAGUGGGAGGUCGACUGCUGACAAAAGGCCCCUGUCAGCCAUUUUGGUGGCCGGCAUCACUGUGGCAGAUUUUUUUUCCUGCUUCCUAAAUGGCACCCUAUUCCCUUUUUAGUACACUACUCUUUUUUUAUUUUUUUACCAGGACCCAUACGGCUCUGGUCAAAAGUAGUGCACUAUGUAGGGAAAAGGAUGUCAUUUGGGACACAGGCUUAAACAGUAAUGAGGUUCAGUCAGGUUGGAUUCUCCUGUCAGUAAACACAACUGUCUUUUGUCCACCUCUCCUUUUGUCCUGUCCCGCACAUUGGUGAUCCGCUCAGAAAAUAGACAUUUCUGAGUCCCCUCCAUUGUAGUAUUGUCGAUCACGGUGAUGGGAUGAAAUAGGAUUUGGUAAGAGCCAGAUUGAAUAGGUGUGUGUAGUGGGGGUGGAUAUGUGUGUGUGCCUGUGUGUGUGUUUAUGCGUGUGUGUGAGUAUUUGUGUUCAUUUCACAGCCAUAUUGGAAACGUUUUGUACACUUUUUGUUGCCCAGCCCUCUCAGAAUGCCUUCUGUAUUGUGUGUGUUGCAUGAGAGAACGUGUGCGUACUCGUGCGUGUGUGUGUGUGUGUGUGUGUGUGUGUGUGUGUGUGUGUGUGUGUGUGUGUGUGUGUGUGUGUGUGUGUGUGUGUGCGCAUGUUUGUCAGAAUGAGUGCAUGUGAGUACAGUAUGUAUGUUCUUGGGACCGGAGUAGCUGCGAGGGUGUUUUUUGAAAUCAUGAUUUGUAAAUACAUUUUCAUAUUGCAAACCAGUUUUUGAUAAAGUAUUAUACAAUUCUGUAAAAGAAAAAUAUGUACAUAAGAUUUUAGAUGAGAAUAAAGUGUUGAUGACAGCAUAUUAAUUUAUUUGUAUAAAAGAGCACUGCAUUCCCUGAUUGUACGAAAUAUGAAUUAUCCGCCCAAGUGUUUUGUGUUGUUACUUGGUCUUGCUUCAUUUGAUAACCUUUUCUCUUUCCAAAUGUGUACUUCUUUAUCAGUACAAGUAAUACAACGUGGUUCCUCCUCAAUAUCUCCCCGUAUCUCAUUGUUUCUCAAGCCCAGUGUUUUAUAAUAUGAACGAUUUGUUUUCUGGUGCCUUUUUUUCUCUCUCUUUGUUGUACUGCUGUUUUGCUGUGGGAGAUGGCUUCUUUUCAAGCAACUUCUGGAACAUGCAAAUAAGAACAUCUGCACCCAGAAUUGACAAAACCGGUCUCGCUCACCUUUUUAUUAUUUCAUGAAGUUGUUCUUAAAUAUCUAUAUAUUGGUAUAUAAAACUUUAUUGCAAAUCUCUU